AUGAAGAGGCGGUCAACCACACCACCCCCACCUCACAUGGUCUGUCCAUUGGCACGUUUUUCUACAGAGAUGCGGUGGUUGACGAUCUUUCUGCUCCCAAUAGCAAGUUUCGCAUAUUGCCCCGAGAUUUUCAAGAAUCAGACCGCAUGUUCAUGUUCUGAUAACCUCGACGGAUCCGUAAUUCGUUGCACUGGGCAAGAAGGUCCAGUGAUGGUGGAGCAGUUAAAAAAUUUACAUCUUGAGAUUCGCGAACUCAGCCUAGAAAAUGCAAAUAUUGUUGAGGUUGUGAUACUGAACAUUAUAUUUCACAUUCAUUGUAUCAUCAAUACUCCAAUUUGCAACUGCCUUGUUAAGAUCGGGCCUCGAGCAUUCAAGAAUCUCCGGAUAAGAAAACUGAUUCUGGACAAGAAUAGAAUAAAAAAAUUGCAUAAGGAUGCAUUGCGAGGACUAGAAAACGUACUACAAGAAUUAUCGCUCGCACAGAACAAACUUACUGAGGUCCCUAAUGAUGCCCUUGCUGGAAUGCAAGCUCUCAGCGUUCUCAACCUCAAAUGCAACAAAAUUGGCAAUCUCACCAAGCCUGCCUUCCAAAAACUGAGCUCGCUUAUCGACAUCAAUCUGUCGUGCAAUGAAGUUUGCGAUGUUUCCUCAGAUGUGUUCGACGGGGUGCGAAGCACCUUGCAAAAUCUAAUUCUGGACACGAACUGCCUGAUAAAGUUUCCGGCCGAAUCCGUCAAGAAUAUGGACGCUCUCAUCGCUCUUCAUUUGAAAGGCAACAAGGUAAUAGCGAUAGUGUUCUCUGUGGUUCUCUAA